AACGCGUCAAGAAAAAACCACAAGAGGAAUCGAGGAGGAGUGGGAGGAGAAAAAAGUAGCCAAGAAAAAAAAAAAUCCUCUUCCGCGAGGGCGAGCGAUUCGUCGUCCUCACCUCAGUCGUCGCCCCCGCCCGUGCCAUCGCCACAGCAGCGCCGCCUCCUGCUCAGAUCUGCGGAGCCCAAAGCCCGACCUCGCCGGCGGCCGCGGCGGCCGAGGCGCGGAUCCAGGAUGCCUUCGCCCGUGCGGGGUCGCUGCUCGCCCCUGCGCCGCUUCCCCCGCGACGACGCGCUCUCCUGCCCCUCCGCCUGCUCCCAUCGUCUCAAGCCUUGGUCUUGGCGUGCCCAACCCCUCUCCUCGUCCUAACGCUUACCUCCGCUCCUUGAUCUGCCUACAUCUAUCUAUCCGUCCAUCCUUCCUUCCUUCCUUUCUUCCUUCUAGAUUUCUAGUUCUACCUGCUGCCGCUCGCGCCUGCCAUUUUCCUCCAGCUCACGGACUCGUCUGCUGGGUUCGGAGCUGCCUUGUGCUAGAUCGGAUUGGUUUGGGUCGGUUGCUCGCUUUCUGGAUCAGAUCUGCGCUGCUGGGAGUUAGCGUCAGUGCAGCGUGGUUGUACGCUUGCAGUUUUGGUGUAUCACCCUGCAAGUAGCAAGCCAGUGCCUUGAUGGACGGUCGUUCCUGCUGUCUCGAGAGCGUGCCAGUAGUGACAUCUGGCGAUGACUCUCCUACCAGCGCUGCCCACACUGGUCUACCGCUUCCAAUAGAGAAGCGCUGCGCUUCGGUUGAUAAGACCUGUGAAGCCACAGAGUUUGGGAAUGGUUUGCUGGAGACCAAGAUAUGUACGUGUUUCUCCAAGUCAAUCAGUUUGGAGGUGAAUAAAGGCCUCCAGAAAUGUGCGACUUUCCCUCCCUCUUCUGGCAAGGCUCAGCAGGAGGAUCAUUCAUGCUGCCAUGAAGAUGAUGGGCACACGGUUGCCCCUGCUUAUGAGCGCUCGGUGUCUUUACCUCCGACUUUGAAGCUCAUCUCUGCUUUGAAAGGAGGCCGCGAAAAGAAUGGAAUGACAUCACCAACUGAAAAUCGCCACGUCAAAUGGGCCCCUGACGUGUAUGACCCCCCUGUGACGUCGGUAUGCCAUUCAGUGAAUAGCAGUUAUCAGCGACGGUCUAAAUCCCGCAAGGAGAAGAACAAGCAGAAGAAGAAACAGAAGCAGAAGGGGAAGUCCAAGAAAAAUCACCAGAAUUCUAUACAGAGUUCGUCUGCAAUGGAGGUUUCUGAUCAUGGGUCGAAAGGUGUUAGCACCACUGGUGGUAAGUCUUCAGUAGAUGAUCACGAGGAUAUAAUAAUGGAUUACAGCAUGGGCAAUCAGGAAGCCAAAUGUGGAAGCAGCUUCCUGCGUGAAUCUGUUGCUAAAAUGCAUUUCUCGACUGCUGAAGCUUCCUGAGAGGCGCUAAGGUUCUGCAGAUGCACCCUCAAUUCUGUAAAUAUGAUGGAUGUAUAUAAAUAAAUCCAGCAUGCCGUUGUUGUUGCUGUUGUCGUGUCUGUUGUGUUGCGUUUGCGUCUGAGGUGUUUGGAGUUAUGGCCUGGUGUGAUACUGGAGAAAUAAUUUUUGGACAGACUUUGUUCUGUAUGUUUUGGUGGACAUAUCUAUCUCCAAUCCAUGGCUUUGCAGUUGUUGCCUUA